AUGUUUUGCGGUAAUGCUAAUGGUGAAUUGCUACCACCUUAUGUUGUUUACAAAGCUGAGUCGUUAUGGAAUACAUGGAUGGAACAUGGGCCACCAAAAGCACGUUAUAACAGAUCAAAAAGUGGUUGGUUUGACUCAACAUGUUUUGAGGACUGGUUUUUUUCUUUACUUCUUCCAAGACUUAAGAAGGCUCAAGGAAGAAGUCUCAUUAUAGGUGAUAACGUAUCUUCACAUUUGAGCAUUGCAGUACUAUUAACUGGCGCAUUAUAUUAUAAAAUAUUAUGUGAAUGGAAGGAGAAAGGAAAAGGAAGGAGAGUUGCUUCUCUUCCUAAAGAUGAAUUUCCUAGACUUUUAGACCGUUUAAUUACCAACUUAAAUGAACAUGGGAAUGAUAACCUUAGAGCUGGUUUUCGCAAAACUGGAAUUUUUCCAUUAGAAAAGUCUCAAGUGCUUUCACGACUACUAUGUUGUAAUGUAGGUAUAGACUCAACUACUGAUUUAGUAAGCCAAUCAUUUUUAGAUCAUUUAUGUAAGUCACUAGAUGAUCCCUCAGAUGGUUCUAAAAAACCAAAGCGACGUAAAGUAUGUGCUGUCCUAGGUAAAAGCUUAUGUUCAACAGAUAUAUCAUUGUGUGUUAUAAAUGAAAAUAAUAAAUUAAAUUCAAAUAAUGUAGAUACACCUAUCAGUAUUAUAAAUACAAUUGAGACCAACAACAUUGAUUUUUCUGGCCCAAGUACAAAUACUGGAACUACUGAGACUUCUAAUCUAAUUUUUGCAGAUGUAAGUUUAGUUGUAGAAAGUCAUACAAAAUCUUUAGAUCAUUCAGCAUUAGGCAAAAAGAACUUUCAAAAUAUUGGUAAAAUAAAAAAUGUUUGUAAAAAGAAGAAAUUAUUAAAUCUUGUAGAGAAUUGUUAUGUAAUUGUUAAAUGCAAUGGAGAGUUAAAUCCUGGACAGUUGAAAAAAAUAAGAAAAAAUGGAGCAGAAAUUACUAUUAUGAAAAAAAAUGGACUUAACUGGAAAUGGUCACUACCAGCAGAGCAACUUUUUUUCCGCCAGUCGAUUUUAUUGAGGAACCAAAGAAAAUUUCAAAAAGAGGAAUUUAUUCAGUUCCAGAACUUUUUUACUAAAUUUUUUAAAACAUUUUUUUCAUUUUUGUUUUUUUUUAUACCUAAACUAUUUUGUUUACUUGGUAUCUAUACUUGUUUAGUUUGUACCUAUAUUUUAUUUACUGUACACAAGAACUUUGUUACUAAAUCUCAUUUUGUCACUUUAUUUUUGUAAAUUUAUUUUCUUUGCCUAAAUAUUGCUGCUUU